AGAAAAUGUCAAUACUCACUAAGCUGACUUUUCGUCGAUUAGGGUGAUAGUUGGAAAAAUCCUUAUAUAUUUUACCUUCACUGAUUCUUUUAUUGUUUAAAAUUGUUAAUAUUGUGUCGAUUUAAAAAUGAAUAUGCUAACUGGUUGUGAGUUAGUUCAGAGAGGUACUACAAAAAUUGACGCCACCUUACCUGAGCUGGGUGUUAAAGAGGUGACUCCAAAUGGAACUUGGUUGGAGCAAAAACAGAUACAGGCAGCUAUAGAAGCAAGAAAAAAAUUGAUCGAAAUACAACGUAUCGAAAAAAAAGGAGCCAUGAGUCAUGCGGUAUGGAAAGAUAAUUUAAAGCUUGCCGAAGUUACCCAUAAAGUGGGUGGUCAUUGGCAACACAUGGGACACAACAUAGGAAAGCAACUUUAUAUUAGAGCCGAAGAAAUUUUAUUUUUGAUGGAACUUAAUUGUCUAUAUUUCAAAUUCAAUGAUGUGGUUGUGUCUCUACAGCAGGCAUACUCUUUGUUUCUUGGACCACUAAUAUCACAUCAACAGUACAAAGUUUAUGCGUCACUCAGCCGUCUCGGAUACCGUGUGUAUAGGCAUGAAACAUCAGACAAAGAGAUACAUAAUCCCAGUACUAGUAAUAAUGUUAACAAAGUCAAUAUUGGUAGCUCGGAAGCGAGUUGUUCGGUUGGGAAUCCAACUAUGGUAAACAUUAAAUUGGAAAGAAUGGAUGAAUAUGAAAAUAUACAAAUCAAACAGGAACCGGACACAGAAGAAUAUAACGCAGGUGACGUAAACCAUGGUAUAUUAAGCGUACCUAUAAAGAAGGAAUUUCCACAAUCAGAUAGUGAUAUGGAAACGAGCGCUUCAAAUUCAAUACAGGGCACUAGCCAAGAUAAAUCAGAUAAUAUGUGCUGCAAAAUAAAACUUAAGAAUUUGAAAAGCAGAAAGCUUAAACCGUGCAGCGGAAAAGUUUUACAUAAGUAUUUUAAUAACCUACCCGAGCUUAUAGGAACAUCAACGGUUAUCGUUAAGAAACCAAAUAUUAUGUAUUUACCUAUAAACGUUAUAUUGAAGAGAGUAGAGUAUACUGUCAAUUUAUUAAACAUAAGGGAAAAGGGCGAGAGGACGGACGUGACGGAAACAAAUAUAUACAAUGAAGGGGAUGAGGUGAAUGGAAGUCAUGUGAGAAGGUUGAGGAGCUCAGCGAGCAGAUCCGAUACUGAUGGUACGGGGCAAUCCAAUAUGAGGUUCCCGUCACAGAACCCACAAUACCGACCAUACAACAUGUGGAGAGACCGUCAUAGCUUCAACUAUUUCAACUUCAACAUGUUCUUCCAAAGAAACUUCUCCCCGCCCUGGUACACAAACAGCAAUUGUCAAUUCACACCAAGAAACCACGCCUACCCUCGCCCGACACUGAGCGUACACAACCGCAUCACGCCCCAAAGCAGGAAGAGACCAAAAAAUAACACACAAAAACAACAUUUAGAUGGUAUUAAAAAACUUAGUGCCAAAUUAAAGUUACUCCUACAAAAAGGAAACAUGGACCCAGUGAAUAUACAGUCGCUGCAAAGACUUAUUCAUCUUUACAACAGGCGUUACAAGGCAAGAAUGAGGAUAAGUCCGGACUUUGAUAUCGUCGACGAAAACGUAUUGGACACCAUCGACCUAGACGAUGAGGAGCCGGCGGAGAAGAGGCGCAGAAACAAUGACGACCAAGCGUACAAAGACAAUCUGGAACAGUUAAAACAACUGGCAUCCAAACUAAAGAGUUUAGAAGAAAACAAGAAGUCAUCUGCCAGACACCGAAGGGCUUUAUCAAAGCUAUUGAAAGUGUUCAACGAGUCUUAUAAAGAGGAAUAUUAUCUAUCGGAAGAGCACGAAAUCAAAAAUCCAAGACAUAUAACUCUUGAUACGUCAGAAUCGGAAUCGGACGUAUUAAUGAACGAAGACACUCCGAAUCGCUCCAAAGGGAAAAAGGUCAAGAAUCCGUUCAACAUAUUGAAGAGACUCACGGAGAAACAGAAAGAUGGGAAUACAUCAUCCACGAGCGACGAUUGCGAUGUACAGGAGUGUAAGAAGUAUAGUGACGUGCUAGCCAAGACGUUUUCUAAAGGUUGGCUGCCGAGGGAGGAUGAUUUUGGUAGAGCCGAAGUUGUUAAGAAAGAUUCCAUAAACAUGGCUUGUAAUCACGACGAAAAAGAUCUGAGGAGAGAGGAAUUCAUGUAUGACUUCCUUAAGAUACAAUCUACCAAAACCGACGACUGGUUGAAUCUCAAAACAUUAAUUUGCCAGAGUUUCGUUGAAGCCAUGGCUCAGUUCCAAGGAAAUAUGAACGAUUUGAGACAAGUGAGCUCGAAUGUCACAGUCAAGUCCGAAGAUAAUUCCUUGGCAUCUGUCUUAAGGAAACUGACUAUCAUCAGAAGAGAUGACAGUCUCAAUGAUGAAUGCAAUCUUAAGAUUGAUUUCGACGUUUACAACCGAGAUGUUCAAAACUUCAGGAAGACCAAUCGCCCAACACCACAUUUUCGUUUAAUUGCCCUCGAUGAAUCAUCAACCAUACCAUCCGGACAGGAAAUAGCUACACUGGCAUCUAAAUACAAUGACGAUGUUGCCAUCAUAUUUGCUGUAGUCGGCAUGAAUUCCAUCGGUUUCAUACAAAUCAAGCCGACAGUGUUGCCAGUGUUCCUUCCAAAUGAAUCUUAAACAUUCGCGGGUUUGGUCCCGGUACAAGUAGUAAUUUUUUGAUGUGUAUUACAACUUAGCCGUAUGCCUGGGUAUAUAGGCCGUUGAGUUCCUUAUUUAUUUAUAGAUUUCAUAAUGUAUGUAUUAUUAUAGAAUAUUUCUAAUAUAUCUGUUUCAAUGUUUAAAUGUACGUUGCAUUUCAUUCGUAACAUUUAAAUGUAGAUGUGUGCAUUCACAAAUUUAAAUAACUAAAUCGUAACCUUAUUACUUGAUGAUAAAGUUGAUUUUUCAUUAGCCGUUUAGCUAUAAGGUUUAUUCUCAAUGUUAUUCAAUAAGUAAAUGUGUCACAGCUGUGUGUUAGGGAAUGAAUAAAACAAGCAUUACUUGAUUGUAUAUUUGUGUUUAUAAAAGAUGCAGUGUUGGUACUGCACACAUGAAAUAAUAAUAUAUUAAAGCCUUUCUAAAGCGACUAUGUGUCUUAGAGUUUAGUGCAUUUCCUAUAGUAAAUGAUAUGAUAAAUACGUCAUUGUAUGUAUACUAUUGAUUCGUUAGCUAGUACACUACAAAUAUUGUCACUAUAGUACAUCCUAGGUGAGAUCAUUUUCAUUUUUGACGUUACAAUAUAUCGAUAUACUAUGUACAUAUGAUUCCAUACAUUUUCUAUCUACUCAUUCCCAAACUGUCUUAAUAAAGAUUUUUUUUUAUUAUAAAUUCUGAGUUUUCCGAUAAUUUAAAAAAAUCAUUCUAUCUGACACAUCUGACAACACAAACAGAAACGGUUCAUUUUUUUAUUAUAAGUAAUAUGAAAAACUUUUUUCAUAUAUCAUGCAUGUACAACAACAUAUUGCCAACCUAAGAAUAUAUAAAAAAUACUACAAUUUAAAAUGCUUUAGAAUAAUAUGUAAAUUUUUGUUUUGAUAUAUUUGUCAAAUGUUAAAAUAUUUCAAAUCUAUUUGUAUAUAAUGUCUUCAGUUAGAAAAUCAUAAAUUACCGUUAUGAACAGUAAAAAAAAAAUUAUAAUUUUUUUUUAAAAUAUCGAUUAUUGCACAAAACUUAUUAUAUGAGUUAGCUUUUUCAUAUAUAUCAAAAUAAAAAAUAUUAUUUAUUUCAAAGGACUAUUUUAAUUUAAAUGAAACAUUUAUAUUUUUUAAUAUUUUAAAACGUAAAUAUUAUAUAUAAAUCUGUUAUUUUUUGUUUCUUUUAUUAAGGUUUGAUAUAAGUGUUUAGUAUGUAAGAUUAUUCACUGUAUGUGACAAUUUAUGUUACGUGGAGAUGUCCCCGUAUAGUAGUUAGUAUAGCUUUGGAGGCAUCUUAAUUAUUAAGUAUUGUUCAAUUCGAUAUGUACUGAGUGUUUACAGUUUUACUAAAUGUCUCGACUUAAUAUACAACUUUUAAUAUAUAA